AUCUAAAGUGAAUAUGCUCCAAUGUCCAGUAUAUACUCCACCCCAACAGAUUCCCCUGUAACUCUCCGUAAAGGUAGAAUAGUACCCGGAGCUAGAGUAGGACCUGGAGCUGAACCUGGAGCCCUGUCCACUCCCCCUGGAGCUGAACCUCGAGCCCUUUCCUCUCCCCCUGGACCUCAGUCUGCAGGAACAUCUCCUAAACCUGGAGGCCCCCCUGGGCAACGUCCUCGACUUGUUAUUCGACCUCCGUUAGAAAGAUCAGAUUGGAGCAGGGUAUCCAUAGGUCGAAAUAAAAGGCCAGCAUCAUUAAGAGAAUAUAAAAAAGUAGGAGCAGACAUAUCUCCUUCCCCCUCCCUACCUGAAAAUCUCGGAUCUGCAUCUACAGUUACACCCCGUAGUUCUGUAAUAUCUCCGUUCUCUGAUACUUCAUCAGGACGAUUUACAGGGUCCCCUUCAGAGUCUAGUGGAGUAGGACCUGGAGCAGGACUAGGAAACCCUUUUCUCUCCGGAGCUUCUCCUCGUCUUAAACAAGGCUCUUCAGGGAGCAGAGGGUCCCCUCAAUACAGUCCUCGUUCAUCUCCUAGGGGAACCUCUAGAGGAAGAAGGGGAAGAGGACGAGGAAUGCCUCCAUCAAGGAUGUCUGGUACCGGACAGACCUGGCAGAAAGAUGCCGCGGAUCAAAACUUUGAUUAUAUGUUCAAACUUCUUAUCAUUGGAAACAGUUCUGUUGGUAAAACGUCCUUCUUAUUCAGAUAUGCAGACGAUAGUUUUACAUCUGCCUUUGUUAGUACAGUUGGGAUAGAUUUCAAGGUGAAGACGGUUUUCAGACAGGAUAAACGGGUUAAACUUCAGAUUUGGGAUACUGCUGGUCAAGAAAGAUACAGAACUAUAACUACAGCCUACUAUAGAGGUGCUAUGGGGUUUAUACUAAUGUAUGAUGUAACUAAUGAAGAAUCCUUUACAAGUGUACACGAUUGGUGUACCCAGAUAAAAACCUACAGUUGGGAUAAUGCACAAGUAAUUCUGGUUGGCAACAAGUGCGAUAUGGAAGACGAGCGCGUUAUCUCGUAUGAGCGCGGGAAGCAUCUAGCAGACAGCUUAGGCUUAGAGUUUUUCGAAACCAGUGCAAAGGAGAAUAUUAAUGUCAGGGCUGUAUUUGAACGGUUGGUGGAUAUGAUCUGUGACAAGAUGUCUGAAUCCCUGGACGCGGAUCCAGGUAUAGGAGCUAAAGGAACAAGAUUGACCGACACAGCGCAACCUUCAAACGUGAACUGUAACUGUUAAUCAAAUCUUCAAAUCUACAGAAACACAAUCAACAGAUAAUAUUCAGCGAAAUAUAUUAGAUAUGGUUGAAUAUAUAUAUAUCAUAUAUAUAUAUAUAUAUUAUGUUGAUUAAAUCUAGUGAAAUGAAUUAACAACAAAUACAAACAAAUUUUCUUUUCCGAUGUUAAGUGCAUAAACAACUAUUUCUAGUCGAUUUCAAUUAGCUAAAUAUGUUGCAUUGAAAUUAUUUCUCAUCAAAUAUGAUAAAUAAAGGUUUUUGGUAAAUUUUAGACAUAAAUUCAAAUAAGGGGGUUCGGCGUGAUUUUAAACAAUCCUCCGUCUUUGAAUAACAUUGAUGAUUCACAACAGUGUUUUAUCUUCCUUGUCAUUGUUUGAGGUUAAAGAGAGAAAUCUCAGUCAUUUUCUUCGACUUUCAGAAAAAAACUGCAGGCCGCGAGAUCAUCAAUUUUU